AUUUUCAUUAUUUUGAACAAAAAAUCAAGAAGAGGAGAUUAGAGGGUUAGGGGCAUCCCCAAAUAUUCGAGCCCUAACCCCUCUCUCUAUUGAUUGAUUCAAUCAAAAAAUUUCUCCAAUUCUCGAAAAUGGUGAAAUCCAGGUUCCCUCCAGCAUAAAAUUACGCAUUAAUUUUAUGCGAAUUGCAAUAAAUUAAAAGGAAAAAAAAAAUGAAUGGUUCUGUAGUCCCGCCGGCUCCGAGGCGCAACAGUAUGGCCCAAAAGCGCAAUCCCUCCGCCGUGAAGAAGUCACCGGCGCCGCUUUCUGAGAACGGCUCCGCUGCUAAUGGCUCCAACGCCAAGCCAUCCUCGCCUUCUAACUCAAAUCUCGCUGGAGGGAGGACUGUGAAGAAACUCCGUUUAUCUAAGGCACUUACGAUUCCUGAGGGCACCACUGUGUCGGAUGCGUGUAGGAGGAUGGCAUCCAGACGUGUGGAUGCCGUUCUGCUAACUGAUGCCAAUGCCUUGCUUUCGGGAAUUGUCACUGACAAGGACAUAGCAACGAGGGUUAUAGCAGAGGAGUUGAGGCCAGAGCAGACAAUGGUUUCAAAAGUGAUGACACGAAAUCCAAUUUUUGUGAACGCAGAUUCUUUGGCUAUUGACGCUCUGCAGAAGAUGGUCCAAGGGAAAUUUCGUCACCUUCCUGUUGUUGAGAAUGGUGAAGUUAUAGCACUGCUAGAUAUCACUAAAUGCCUUUAUGAUGCCAUAUCGAGAAUGGAGAAGGCUGCAGAGCAGGGAAGUGCUAUUGCAGCGGCGGUUGAAGGUGUUGAACGUCAAUUUGGAAGCAAUUUCUCUGCCCCAUCAGCAUUUAUAGAAACACUUAGGGAACGCAUAUUCAAACCUUCUCUAUCCACAAUCAUUUCUGAAAGUUCUAGGGUCGCAAUUGUAUCACCCUCAGAUCCUGUUCAUGUUGCUGCUAAAAGAAUGCGUGAAUUACGAGUCAAUUCUGUUCUUAUUAUGACAGGAAACGACAUCCAGGGGAUACUCACUUCAAAAGAUAUACUUAUGCGAGUUGUGGCGCAAAACUUCUCUCCUGAGCUGACUCUUGUGGAAAAGGUAAUGACGCCUAACCCUGAAUGUGCAACGAUAGAUACAACUAUUCUCGAAGCAUUGCAUCUAAUGCAUGAUGGGAAAUUUUUGCAUCUUCCAGUUGUCGACAAAGAGGGAUGUGUAGCUGCCUGUGUAGAUGUCUUGCAGAUAACUCAUGCAGCAUUUUCUAUGGUCGAAAGUGGCCCUGGCACUGCUAACGAUAUGGCAACUACAGUGAUGCAAAAUUUCUGGGAUUCGGCACUUAAUUUGGAGGCCCCUGACGAUUUUGACACUCGCAGUGAGAUAUCUAUGUCCCAAUAUGUGGCAUCAGAAGGGACGGAACAUGCAAAGUCUGCAUAUCCAUCUCUUGGUCUCGGGAAUACGUUUUCUUUCAAAUUCAAGGACAAUAAUGGACGCGUGCACCGAUUUAACUAUGGCUCAGAAAAUUUAUCUGAACUUGUUUCUGCUGUUACACAACGGGUUGGUGCAUCCAAUGAUCAAAAUUGCCCGCAACUUUUGUAUGAAGAUGACGAAGGUGACAAAGUUCUGCUCACAACAGAUGAAGAUCUUGUUAGUGCUGUAAACCAUGCAAGAUCGGUGGGAUUAAAGGUUUUGAGGUUGCAUUUGGAGAGCCACAAUUCAAGCGAACAGACAAGGGAGCUUUUAUCCGAUACCGUAACUGCAGAGAAACCUCGAUCGUCAAGCUCUCUCCGCUACGGAAUAUUUGCAGGAGCAGUUGCUCUGACAAGCAUUACAGCUAUGGUCUACUUGAAGCGUUCAAACAUAUGAUGUUCGAUUCUUACAAAAAGCGACCCUUUUGUUUUUUCUUCGCCAUCAAAAUCAUGCAAAAUGAUGAACUUUUGCGCAUAUGGAGGAAGGCCACAUUUCGAAUUGGUGUAAUAUUUUGAAAGCAAUACUGACAAGGGAUCGAGAACGGGGCGAAUAGCAAAAGCAAAGUAAAAAAAAAGGAAUAGUAGUAUAGCAAAUUUUGAUGCUGGCAAAAAAACAAUUGAUGAAUGAAUUCGUGAAGCAAAAAAUGUAAAACGAUCGAAGUAUAUGUUUCGAGUCUAGAUCCUCUAGACUCUGUUGGCAAGCAAAAAUUGUCAUUCCAUUUUGUCAUACUUGUUGAUUUCUGAUAUUACACCAUUGGAAGAUCAUCAAUUUUCUCAAUGUAUUACCGUUCUAAAGAGAUUGUUUGUGCAUCAAUUGAUAUCAUAUUCAUUUUCUUUUGUUCUCU